AUGAGGCAAGCAUCAAAGGAAUUUAUUGAUUCCUUAACAGUUUUCCAUCAAAAGUUAGAAGCAUCAGGAUUAAUGUUAGGAAUCAAAAUAGGUUUUCUAGCAACACCUUUUGUUAUGUGGUUUAUUUUAAACCUUUUUGGAUUAAAUUCUGCUCUAAAAUUCGCAAUUAUGAGCAUAACAAUAGCAAUACUGGCUUUGAUUUAUGCAACCCAUAUUUUAGUUGAAAUUAUGAAAAGUAAGCCAGGAAGCGAUGAAAUGUAGAGAAUGGCACUUUACAUUCAAGAAGGUUCUGAAGGAUUUUUCCUAGCAUAAUAUGGAACUAUUUUCAAACUCAGCUUCUUUUUUUGUGUGAUUAUUAUGUUGAUUUAUUACUUCAGAGAACCACCUCAACUUUAAUCAAGCAAUAAAUCUGGAGAUAGUUCAAAACUAGUCAUUACCAGUACUGCAACUUCCAUAUUCUCGGGAAUAAGUUUUAUUCUAGGAGCUGUUUGUUCAGCAUUCUCUGGAUAUUCUGGCAUGUGGGUUAGUGUCAGAGCAAAUGUAAGAACAACUUCUGCUGCUAGUAGAUGUUAUGACGAAGCUAUUAAUAUUGCUUUUAAAGGUGGGUACUUUGCAGCAGCAAUUAACAUAGCCUUAGCAAUCAUGGGUAUAUCAACUAUUUUCUUGAUGCAAUAUUUCUAUUAUAGAGCUGUUCUACCUAAGCCUGAAAUGGUUAUUGAAAUUAUUGACUAAAUUCCUCUGUUAAUUAUUGGCUUUGGAUUUGGUGCCUCAUUUGUGGCUAUGUUUGCAUAACUAGGUGGUGGUAUUUAUACCAAGGCAGCUGAUGUUGGUGCUGAUUUAAUAGGUAAAGUUGAAUCUAAUAUCCCUGAAGAUGAUCAUAGAAACCCUGCAGUAAUUGCUGAUUUAGUAGGCGAUAAUGUAGGAGAUUGUGCUGGUUAAGCAGCUGAUUUAUUCGAAUCAAUUUCAGCUGAAAUUAUUAGUGCAAUGAUUUUAGGUGCAACACUUGCUCAUGAGGCCAAGUUUAGUUUAAGUGUAAAAGUUAGCUUCAUGUUUUUCCCAUUAGCAGUGCACUGUCUAGACUUAUUUGCUUCUACUGUUGGUAUGCAUUUUGUCAGAACAAAGAAAGGAUUACCAGAAUAUGACGCAUCAUAUGGAAAAUUAGAAGAUCCCUUAGAUGUAAUGAAGAAAGGCUAUAGAGUGUCUAUGCUAGUAGGAAUUAUAGGAUUUAUGGGUUUGUGCUAUAUGUUUUUAAAUCCUGAGAAAUAUCCAAACGCUUGGUUAAAUUUCGCUUUUUGUGGUAUGAUUGGUGUUGUUGUUUCUUACUUAUUUAUUGAAGUUACUUAGUAUUAUACUGAUUAUAACUACUCUCCCGUUAAAAAUAUUGUAUAUGCAUCUAAAACUGGACAUGCUACAAAUGUUAUUGCAGGUCUCUCCACAGGAUUAGAAUCAACUGGAAUUCCUAUUUUAAUUAUUACUGUUGGAUUACUUACAUCUCACUAUUUUGGUGAACAAACAGGAAUAUUGAAUUCUGAAGGUAAAAAAAUUGGUGGAUUGUUUGGUACUGCUAUAGCAACUAUGGGUAUGUUUUGUACUGGUGUCUUUGUGCUUUCAAUGAGUGGUUUUGGUCCUAUUGCUGAUAAUGCUGGUGGUAUUGCUGAGCUUUCUGAAUAGCCUGCUGAAAUUCGUAAAAUAACUGACGUUCUUGAUGCUGUUGGAAACGUUACCAAGGCUAACACUAAAGGUUAUUCUGUAGGUUCAGCCAAGUUUAGCUUGCUUUUUAUUAUUUAGUGCCUUCAUAGAUGA